AGAAGUCAACAGGCCUAUAUUGAGUAUGAGUUAUUAUCUAAAUGUUUCUUUUUUCUAGACGUUCCGGAAAUAGAAACGGUCAAAGUAGAGAAGGGACUUCCGGUGAUUACUAUAGCCUACAUUAUCACUGUUCCAGGGCUUUUAAUUCUUUGUUUCGGAGUUAACUUCAUCUCUUAUAAAUGGGGGAUGAAAAAAGGCCAGAAGAAGGAACGUAAACGUUAUUUGCUUCGGUCAAAGGAAAACGCACAAGGGGGCGAUUACCAGCAUUAUUUCAAUGAUGAAGAAGAAAUGAAAGCGCGAUCUUUACGUACAAGGGGAUAUCCGGCCGCCGAGUUUCAGGACCCGUCACACGACUAUGCUGAUUAUGACGAAAUAAAAGAUCAGAAAUUUGAGGCCAUGUUGGCAGAGGAAAAAGGGUAUUCUACAGCAGAAUACGAAAGUCGGAAUCGGCCAUUGCCUCCAAUUAAAGCAGACGAUGAUGGGUAUAGUGUUCAUGUAGAUGAUCGGUCCCCAGAACAAAAAAACAGCAGCACAUCCAAUGGAUCCUCUUCACCACCAGGAAAUGGAGGCUAUCUUUCUCCUCUACAAGAAGAAAAGGAAGCAGAAGAGAGAUUAGUGUCCACCAACAGCGAUUCUAGUUCAAACAAAUCGGAAAAAUCGGAAAAGUCAAGAAAAUAUCAAAAUGAACCGCCUUGCGAUUCGUCGUCUGAACCAAUAACACCUUAUGAGUUAAUUAAAAAUACCGAGGACAGUAAGGAUCAUCAGUACAUAAAACUUAAAACUAGCGCAUCCUAGUCUAAUACUAGCAUUUUUAUUUAAAGCUAUUCUUAAUCUUAACAUAGACAACUUUGCCUACGACAAUCUUUAUUUUUGUUUUUGAUCCAGUACAAAUACACAGUGUAUAUCAUAAAAUGUAUUAAUGUAAUUAUUGGAAUAAAAGUGAAGGAAGCUAGUAUGG